AUGGCUGGGACUAAGGGAUCGAGGACCUCCUACGAUGAGUCUGGAGACUCGCGCAAAGCACGGAAGCGUGCUACAGAUCGGCGUGCGCAACAGCAUCACAGGCAAAGGCGCAAGGCAUACGUCAAGCAGCUAGAGGAUACCGUCAAGGAUCUCAGUGACAGACAUUCAUCCGAGGAACGCAUAGCUACUCUUCUAGAAGAGCAGAAGCGUUUGCGUGAGAGAUGUGCCAAGUUAACCAGGAUUCUUGAUGCUGUUCGAGCCGUGCUGGAUAGAGACGAGGCAAGCGCUGCUGCUGGUCGCCUUUCGGAAUCAUUAGGAUCUUCGAGAUACAAUCUUGAUGCCGAAUGCCUUCAGAUACAGGGGCAUAGUGUCGUCGAACCCUGGCAAGAUAUUAUUGACCCGGUGGAACACACCCAAGGCGUUCAUGAGAAAGAUGAUGGUAACUGCUACGAAGCCCUUGAUUCAUAUCUUGAAAGAGUUUUCGACUACCGCAAACAUGACGGUAGCCACACAGCAUUUGUCCACGACGGGGAAAUGCCAUCCUCUAUUCCAUCCGGAAAUACUGCGGGCAGCAACGUCGAAAUGUCUAUGGAUGCUUGCGUCACUGAGACAAUCGACUUCACAGGCACUAUGGCCGAUAGCAUGGCCUUCGUCUCCCACAAUGAAUCGGCUCCAGUGACGGUGUGGACUGACCUGAUAAGUGAGGACUCCACACAAAACACUUCAGCCCUCUCUGUAAUACCUGCAUCUUGGAAUCUGCUUCUAUCGUCCAGCUCUCAGCUCAGCUUCCUGAAUUUUCCCAAAUGCGCCUCACCCGCCGGACGAGGCGACCUAUUCCUCAUGAACCUCUUAACAGAGGCUCGUAGGGAACAUAUGAACGGGAUGUUCACUCGGUGUAAACCGACGCUGAACAAGUUGCUCGCCGACCCACCCCCAGAUGUUGUGGCUUAUCGACUUUUCCAAUUCAUCACCAGUUAUGGGUCAAUGCCCAUGCACCUGCUCCUCGCCAUUUUCUGGGUGCAGUAUCUGCUCGUGCGCUGGCUCGUCAUGGGCUCUCGGGAAGCAUAUGGAAUGGUGCCGGUGUUCAUGCGUCCGUCAGAGCUCGAGUGCCGGAAGCCUCACCGCUUGUACAUCAGCAUGCUAGUUUGGCCCAAACUUCGCGAAGCGCUGAUAGAGGAUGACACGCCAGACGCCGACCCGGAAGCCAUUGGGAUUGCAGCAUUACAGAGUCUUCCGCAGAAUUGGUCAAGUACGGGCAUACACGGUAUCCUCUCGGGUAACGACGUGCUCGGCACGAUUGAGCAGCAAGCCCAAACUACGGUAUUCUGGUCACUAGAUGAUCAAUUCACGCGCAAAUACCCGCGCUAUUCGAACGCUGGAUUCACUUCCUGA